AUGCCUAAGGAAAAGACCACCCGCAAGACCAAGCCUCGCACUGAGAAGCGCAAGAAGGACCCUAAUGCUCCCAAGCGCGGUCUCUCUGCCUACAUGUUCUUUGCCAACGAGAACCGUGAGCGUGUCCGUGAGGAGAACCCCGGCAUCGCCUUUGGCCCCCUUGGCCGUAAGCUCGGUGAGAUCUGGAAGAGCAUGGACGAGACCGACCGAAAGCCCUACGAAGAGAAGGCUGUCGCUGACAAGAAGCGAUAUGAAGAGCAAAAGGCCAGCUACCUGGCCAAUGAGGACGAAGAGGAGUCUUCCUAA